CCUUGAAGAAGACUCCGCUGUUUGACUUCCACAGGGAGCAUGGGGGGAAGAUGGUGGAGUUUGCAGGCUGGAGUAUGCCCGUCCAGUACAAAGACAGUCACAUCGCCUCACACAUGCACACCAGAGAGCACUGCUCCAUCUUCGAUGUCAGCCACAUGCUGCAGACCAAAGUCCACGGCAAAGACAGGGUGAAGUUCAUGGAGUCUCUAGUAGUUGCAGAUAUUGCAGAACUCAAAGACAACCAGGGUACACUGUCCCUCUUCACCACUGAGAAAGGAGGGAUUAUUGAUGACCUCAUUGUGACAAAGACAGACCAGGGCUACCUCUACGUCGUCUCCAACGCUGGCUGCGCUGACAAGGACUCGGCUCAUAUGAAGGCCAGACUGGCAGAGUUCAAAGCUGCAGGUUUUGAUGUGGAUCUGGAGUUCCUCGAUGAAGCGCUGAUUGCUUUGCAAGGUCCAUCCAUGUCUCAGGUGCUCCAGGUAGGGCUGAAGGAGGACCUCAGUAAGCUGACCUUCAUGACCUCCACAUUGGCCACAGUGUUUGGUAUUCCUGGCUGCAGGGUCACCCGCUGUGGAUACACUGGAGAGGACGGGGUGGAGGUCAGAAGCUCUCUCUGUCUUGCUCUCUUUGCUAGAAAUUGGCACUUAAA